GUUCUCUACUCUAUCUCUCUCUCUUUUCUGAGUUCUUUAGAACUCUAACAUGGUAUCAGAGCAAGAUCACUGAUCCUGCUUCUCUUUGCUUCUAAAUCUGGUUAACAGAUUGUGUUCUUCAGUAUUUCUUUUGAUAACAAAUCAAGAAAUUCCAACUUUCUCUUCGAAAAUUCAGUAGAAUUGUUUGAAGAUUUUUCAUCACAAUGCCUGGAGAUCAACAAACUGAACCUGCUACAAAUCCAAAUUCAGCCUAUUACUUGAGCAAUAAUGAUUUGAAUGCUCCCAAAUUGGUUAAUAUAGUGUUUGAAGGUAAAUGUUUCAAUGAUUGGAAACGUUCGAUGAUAAUAGCUUUAUCAGCAAGAAACAAGCUGUGUUUUGUUGAUGGUAGCUUAAAUCAGCCAGCUGCAAACUCUCCUAAUUUCAGAAUAUGGAAUAGAUGCAAUGAUUUGGUCAUUUCCUGGAUUUUAGCUUCUUUAGAACCUUCAAUUGGCAGAAGUGUUUUGUAUCUCAGAACUGCAAGGGAGAUAUGGCUUGAUCUGGAAGAAAGAUUCUGUCAAUCUUCUGGUCCACAGUUAUAUACCAUACAACAGCAAUUGAAUGAUCUUAAUCAUGAAGAAAAUGAGGAGAUCUCAAGUUUUUUCACUAAAAUUAAGCUAUUAUGGGAUCAGCUUGAUGGAUUAGAUCCUAUACCAGCCUGUGUAUGCACUGGAUGUAGUUGCACACUCACCUUGAAAUUGCUGAAAAUACAGCAGAACCAGAGAUUGAUUCAGUUUUUAAUGAAACUGAGUCAGAAGUUUGAUCACUCCAAAAGUUCAAUUCUCAUGAUGAAUCCACUUCCUACCAUUUCGAAAGCUUAUGGAUUAUUGCUUCAGGAGGAACAACAGAAAGGAGUUUACAUUAACAAAACACAGCCUACUGAAUCAGCAGCUUUUGCCACAAGGAGAUUCAAUGAAAACAAUAAGCCAUAUAGAAAUGUGUACACACCAGGGAACAACAAUAUUUCACAUAACACAGCUGGUCAAGCUAGAAACUACAGCUACAACAGGAACAAUUUGUUCUGUGAGCAUUGUAGAAUGAAGAAUCAUACAAUUGACAAAUGCUGGAAAUUGCAUGGCUAUCCUAAAGACUUCAAGAACAAAGGCAAAAGAGUAGCAGCUUCAGCUCAAUUGGAAUAUUAUGCAUACAAAGAUAAACAAAGUGAAGAGGAUUCGGGCAUGAUACAUGCCACAUUUACUGAAGAAUAGUACAACCAGUUGAUGAAAUGCUUUAACAUUCCCCAAGUUGCUAAACAAGUUGAGGCACAUGGCUCUAGCUCACUUGGUUUGGCAACUAGCUCUCAAUACAAAGGACCUUUCCAAGAACAAGCUUACUCUGCUUGGUAAGCUGGAAAAGGGAUUAUACACUUUCAGUGAAGAUUUACUGGUUUCUGGCACUCCUCCAAUUCCACAGACUGACUAUGCCUUGUCUAGCCUAGAUUCAGCUGCUGUAGAAGAAUCUAAACUCUGGGAUCUUAGACUAGGGCAUUUACCUUUUGGUAGAAUAAAGAACAUCCCAAAUAUUGAUGUUAAAGGUUGCUUAGCUGAAUGUUUCUGUCAAAUCUGUUCAUUGGCAAAACAAACUAGGUUUUCAUUUCCAAUUAGUAGCAUCAAGAGCACUCAACCAUUUGAGUUGCUACAUAUAGAUGUAUGGGGUCCAUACUCUAUUCCUGAUCAUUCAAAGUGUAAUCAGUUUCUAACCAUUGUUGAUGAUUUUACCAGGAUGACCUGGACACAUCUUUUGAGAAAUAAAACUGAAUCAGUUUCUAUUAUGGCUCAAU